AAAAAAAAAGUUUAGCUGAAAAAUAAAUUUUAGUGAACAGUUGAAAAAAUAUUGAAGAAGAAAAUGAAAAUGUUCUUAUUUUCUUCAAUGCUGUUAUUAGCAGGGUGUUUUGUGCUCCCGACUGGAGCUGCAUCACCGUCAGCCGAGCAAGCUCUGUUGAAAUCCAUCAUAACAGAAGAAAGAAAAUCUCACGCACGGCCUAUACUUAACUCAAGUGACGUCAUGGAAUAUUCUAUCGGUCUGGAAAUAACUCAGAUAUUGGACGUGUCCACUGAAAGACAAGUGAUGCACGUGACAGGUUUCUUGCGACAGCAAUGGAAAAAUGAAUUAAUAGAAUGGAAUCCUGAUAAUUAUUCGAACAUAACAGCCGUCAAUGUUGAUAUGCACCACGUGUGGCAUCCUGAAACAGUUCUUUACAAUGGUAUCGGCAAGGUUAGCAGUCACGAUGAAACUUCAGAAGAAUGGACCACACAUGAUAUCAAAACAAAAAUCAACAUUAAACGUGAUGGUAUCAACUCUUGGUUGUCGCCCCUCACGUUAAAAAGUAGUUGCAAUUUCGACGUGUCAAACCUGCCGCAUGACGCGCAACGCUGCGUCAUCACGCUGGGUCCAUGGACCGAUUCAAGCAAAAUCCGAUGUUAUUCAAACAAUCUCUCGGUCAUCACAACAGACUUUAAAAAGAAUGUGGAGUGGAAGAUUGUAUCAGCGAGUCAAACUAUUGUUGAUACAUACUACGAGUGCUGUGAAAAACCUUUCUCGCUUCUGCAGGUCGAACUGUUACUUGAACGAAAACCUCUUUUCUAUCAUUUCAAUUUUAUUCUUCCAUGUACAUUUCUUAUAGCAACGAUUUUGAUCAGCCACUGGGUACCUCCUCAAAGUGGCGAGCGCAUCGUGCUUUGCAUAACAGUAGGACUUGCAUGUUACUUUAUGCUAAACCUUAUUACUUCACGUGUGCUACCACGUACAAGCGAGGUAUCCAUGAUUUACAAAGUUUAUGUUUUGCUCAUUAGCACAGUAUUGUUCUCCACCUUAGCGACUUGUUUGGUUUUGAUCAUGUACCACACUCCGGAUUUACAUCAUACCUGGCUACCGACUGUGGUGGAGAAAAGAUACUUACCAAGAGAACUCUGGUUAUCGAGUUUAAUUGCUGACGGGAUAAUCGAGGAAGACCAAAACAAAUCGAAAAAUAGAGGAGAAGACAAAAUGGAGGGAGUAAUGCUAAUUGCUCGAAAUGUAAAAGAGAAAUAUGGAGCAAAUUUUAUCUUUGAUCCACUGCGUGCUAAAUCUUUCGACAAAGUGCAGAAAACAAAGAAAGUGGGCAAGCAAAAAAUCCUAAAGGAAGUUCAGUUUUUGAAUGACACAGUUUACGAAGAAGAGCGAAAAAAGCGCGUUCAAAAUCGAUCUGAACAUAUCACCAGGCUGGUUGAUCGAAGCAUAUUUUGGGUAUUACUAGUUGUCUCGCUUACCACAGUCUGUUUGACCACCUUGCCCAGUUAUUUUUAACAAACGGUCCUUGCAUAAAAACAAAGAACAAGGAAAAAGAAACAAACAUACAAGAUACUUAUUCUAAUUUUUUUGUAAACACCGGUAACUACGGUAGUUACGGUCUUCUUAGCCGUCACACCGAAAAGUAGAAGUACAUUCGCUGCCAAGAAAAAUUAUAAAAAAUUAAAGAAUGUAUCUUCGCAAACGCUUUUCCAUUUUCAUAAUAAAACAUUUUUGAAAUUUGAAACUUAAGAUUAAAUAAAAAAGUCCCGGGUAUGAGUCUGCGUACGAAGUGGUUUUAUUGCGUUAGAUGGCUAUGUGCUUACUUAUAUAAUAAGACUUAUCUUGUAAUGAUAAGUAUCUGUUACAUAACACCAAAUGUUUAUCAACAAAUCUGUCGUAGAAUGUAAUAUUUUUCAUUUUCCCAUUACUUGUUAUUUAAUGAAAGUAAUAAUGUUUAUCUCACACAUAAAUAAACCAGUGUCUUCACAAUCUCCGA